AUUCUCCUUUUCCUCUCUCUCUCUCUCCCACUACUCUGCCGCCUCCACAUUCACAAACGUCUCUCCUCCUCCAAUCAGGUACGCUAACCAACAGCAUUUCAAAACCACCGCCGGAUUUCCCUCUCUCGUUAAAGUCUCGUGAUUCAAUUAGUUCUCCGUCUGUUUUCCCCAGGAUGGGAACCGUUGACGGUGACGGGGCGAGGAAGAGGGGAUGCUCGUGCAGCAAGGCCGAUUUCCUCCCCGAGGAGUCGUUCCAGAGCUGGGCCAACUACGGCCGGGCCCUGAGGGAGAUUCCGAAGCGGUUCAUGGACCGGGUCACGGCCCGCUCCCUCGACUCCACCGAGAUCCACGAGGUCAGGGCCCGCAGCGAGCACGAGAUGAAGAAGAACCUCAACUGGUGGGACCUCAUGUGGUUCGGCAUCGGCGCCGUCAUUGGCGCCGGCAUCUUCGUCCUCACGGGCCUCGAGGCCCGAGACCACGCCGGCCCCGCCGUCGUCCUCUCCUACGUCGUUUCCGGGGUUUCCGCCAUGCUCUCCGUUUUCUGUUACACCGAGUUCGCCGUUGAGAUCCCCGUCGCAGGAGGCUCGUUCGCUUACCUGAGAGUGGAGCUCGGCGACUUCAUCGCCUUCAUCGCCGCCGGCAACAUCCUGCUCGAGUACGUAAUCGGCGGAGCCGCCGUUGCCCGAGCAUGGACAUCCUACUUCGCCACGCUCUGCAACCACAAGCCGGACGACUUCCGCAUCAUAGCUCACAGCCUCCCGGACGACUACGGCCACCUCGACCCGAUCGCCGUGGGCGUGGCCGCCGUGAUCUGCAUCCUCGCCGUCCUCAGCACCAAAGGAUCCUCCCGCUUCAACUACAUCGCCUCCAUCUUCCACGUGGCGGUCAUCCUCUUCAUCAUCAUCGCCGGCUUCACCAAAGCCGACACGAAAAACCUGACCCCGUACGCCCCGAACGGGGCCCGCGGCAUCUUCGUCUCCUCGGCCGUCCUGUUCUUCGCGUACGUCGGGUUCGACGCGGUCUCGACGAUGGCCGAGGAGACGAAGAACCCGGCCAGGGACAUCCCGAUCGGGCUCGUGGGAUCCAUGACGGUCACCACCGUCGCGUACUGUCUCUUGGCAGUUGUCCUCACCAUGAUGGUACCGUACCAGCGGAUCGACCCGGACGCGCCCUUUUCGGUCGCGUUCGAGGACGUGGGAUGGAAUUGGGCUAAGUAUAUCGUUGCAGCUGGAGCACUAAAAGGGAUGACCACGGUCCUGCUGGUCUCGGCCGUGGGCCAGGCCCGUUACCUAACCCACAUAGCCCGUACCCACAUGAUGCCACCCUGGCUGGCCCAUGUCAACUCCAAAACGGGCACCCCGGUCAACGCGACAGUUGUCAUGCUGGCAGCCACGGCCUUCAUCGCAUUUUUUACCAAAUUGGACAUAUUAUCGAACCUCCUCUCCAUCUCCACGCUGUUCAUCUUCAUGAUGGUCGCUCUGGCCCUUCUGGUCCGUCGAUACUACGACUCCGGGGUCACGACCAGGGCCAAUCAGCUGAAGCUGAUUGGCUGCAUAGUCACGAUCUUGGGGUCCGCCGUCGCGACCGCGAUCAUCUGGGCCCAGGGUGGGGACGGGUGGGUUGGGUAUGUGAUCACCGUGCCGAUAUGGUUCGGCGCGACGUUUGGGCUGUGGGCGUUCGUGCCGCAGGCGAGGGAGCCGAAGCUGUGGGGGGUGCCGUUGGUGCCGUGGCUGCCGUCGGCGUCGAUCAUGAUCAACAUUUUCUUGCUGGGGUCGAUCGAUAAGGCGUCGUUUGGGAGGUUUGGGGUGUGGACUUUGAUACUGCUGGUGUACUACGUCUUCUUCGGGAUGCACGCGACGUACGACAUUGCCAAGGAGUCGGAGGAGAGGAAGAGAGUGGAGGAGGGGCCAAAGAAGGUUGAAGAAGGUGUCGGUGGGGUUGAGAAGUUUUAGUUAGUCAUGUGUUAUUAGUCGGUUUGAAAUUUGAUUUGAUUUGCAUAGAGGUGAAACGCUGUUAUGAAUUUGUGUUUAUAUUUGACUUGUCAAUUUAUCUGGGUUUGUUUGUUACUAGAUUUUGUUUAUGUGAGGGCGUUCUCAUUUUCAUGUAUAAGUGGGUUGUAAAUAGUGUUCAUGUAUCAAUAAGCGAAGCAACCAU